AAAAAACAUAUAAAUUGUUGUCGUGAUUUCACAAAGAACUCUUUAGAUCAGUCUAUUUCAUGUUCCACUUUGAUUUGAUCAAUCAUAUAUCUUCUACUUGACAAAAAUUCAGAUGGGUUUUGCCACUUAUGACAUGGAGAUCAGCAGCCCUGUCCCUGCAGCAGAAUUGUUCAGGGCAAUUGUUGUUGAUGCAGAGACUUUCCUCCCCAAGAUUUUUCCACAGGUUAUUGCAAGCCAUGUCACCAUUGAAGGAGAUGGAGGUCCUGGAACAAUUAAACAAAUUAACUCGAGCGAUGGGAAAUAUGUGAAGGAAAGGACAGAUGCAAUAGACAGAGAGAAGUUCAUGUAUGCAUAUACUGCGAUAGAAGGUGAAGUCUUGGCAAACACAUUUGAGAAAAUUUCUUACGAGUUUAGCUUUGGGGCCUCACCCGAUGGAGGAUCCAUUUGCAAGAGCAGCACCAAGUACUACUCUAUUAGCGACACUGAGAUUAAAAAGGAGGAAAUUGAGGCCCGCAAACAAAACGCUCUUGCAAUGUUUAAGGUCAUUGAAGAAUAUCUUCUGGAAAACCCAGAUGCUAUAAAUUAACUCGGCUACGUACUUGGCAUUUGUGUAA